AUGACCCAAGUCCACCACCCGCCGAUACCCCCUAUAUACAGCGUUCAGCGUUUCGUGACGUUGGUUUCGUCUAUCGUAGUCGCGUUGGCUUCUGGGACUAAUUAUGUGAGUCCUCUUCUUGCAUUUGGGAACGUGCUUUUUUUGAUUGGGUUUGAAGCGUAUGGACCUCAACUCGCCAACCGACUUGGUAUAUCGCAUACCGAGCUCAACGUCGUCGCGCUCGCUGGAAACAUCGGCGUGUACAGCACGGGACCCAUCUGGGGCCGCAUCGUCGACAAACGCGGUCCGCGCAUCCUCCUCGCGUCCGCCUGCGCCUUUCUCCUCGCUGGAUACCUGGGAAUCAAGUUUAUGUAUGAUGCGGAGGAGGAGGGUGGCGAAGAGGAUACGAAGGAUGGGAUUCCGACGCUGGGCUUUGUGUUCCUUGCGCUGUGUUGUUUUUUGACGGGUGCGGGUGGAUGUGCUGGUCUUGCGGGUGCGGUUAAUUCGACUGCGAAGACGUUUCCUGAUCAGAUGAGAGCGACGACGACGGGUUUGGUCAUCUCUGGUUUUGGACUAUCGGCGUUUUUGUUCUCGACGGUUUCGCAGACUGUGUAUGCGGGGAAUACCUCUUCGUUCCUAAGCCUCCUUGCGUUUGGAACGUCUGUUCCGCUGUUUUUGGGUUUGUUUACUGUGAGGCCUAUUCCUCUACCCUCGCAUGACCCGUUGCUCGACCACGAAGAUGGUGAAGAUGACGAGGAGGAUGGUGGGUCUGGGUACCAUAGCGCGACGGAUGGCCCGGGGAGUCGCGCUCCCCUGCUCAACCACGACGAGAACGACGAAGACCACGUUUUCCAUCAGCGUAAUCAUAGCUACUCGGGUGCUGAAGGUACCUCGGCUCUUCCCAGCCCUAAACAACGAGCAGACGAGGGCGAUGUGGAGAUGAGUCCGCAACGGCUUGGUGGAGGUGACUCUGAUGUACAUGUUGACUCGGUGGGUGGAAGGAGGGGUAAUAGGAGUUUGAGUCGGGGUGCUGCGAUGACUUUGGACUUGUCGCCUAAUGUGCAUGGGUAUAAGCUGUGGAAGAGUUUGGAUUUUUAUUUGUUGUUUUGGAGUCUGUCGUUGUUGAGCGGAACUGGGCUUAUGUACAUCAAUAACGUGGGCUCGAUGUCUCAAGCUCUCUAUGCGUUCAAGAAUCCAUCCUACGACCGGGUCGAAGCUGCGAAAUGGCAAGCUAUGCAGGUGUCCGCGAUUAGUGUUAUGAACUGCCUUGGUCGAAUCUUCAUCGCCUCCCGUAUUGACCAUAUCGCCGACUUGUGGGUUGCGAGUUCUGUGCUUGGGUUGGGCUAUGGAGCUGUUUUUUCGUUGUUCCCGACUGUUUGUUUGGAGUGGUUUGGGAUGCCGCACUUUUCGGAGAACUGGGGAUUCCUCUCGAUGUCGCCUAUGUUCGCGGGCAACUUUUUCUCGCUUGUUUUUGGGUAUACGCUGGAUAAGAAUGAGGAUUUUGAGGAUGCGCCUGCGAGUGAUGAUGGGCUCCUUUCUCCUAGGUCGAUUGGAGUCUCUAUGGUUCGACGGGCGCUAGCUGCGGUACCGGCCCUUCUGCAUCGCGCUGCCCAGUCACCCGACUCCUUGCCACCGCCACCACUUCUCUCUUCCACCAACGCAACCACACCUGCCACUGCGAACCCGCAUCCCAACCCAAUCCAUAUUAGGUGCAGUAAAGGCCUGGAAUGUUAUAUCGAGUCGUUGUAUUUGACGAUGGGAGCUACGCUUUUGGCGAUUGGGUUGACUGUUUGGGCGAGUUGGAGGGAUCGGAGGAAGAUUGGGAGGGCUAUGGCUGGGAGGACUCGGGGUGGGAGGGGGUGA